CGCACCUAAAGCCGCUCAGGUCGGCGCUAGGGCCCGCGCAUCGCACCUAAUCCAAGCGCUACGGGUGGCGUUAGGACCCGCGCGUUGCCUCAUAGCGGCGGCGCUACACCCGCGCCUUGGCCCAGAGCGCCCAGUGGGGCGACCAUAGAGAGGGGGGGACAGAGCGGCCCCACUGCGGCGGCGGCCAUGGCCUAUAGCGGCCAAUGUGGCGACCAUAGAGAGGGUGGGACAGAGCGGCCUGGAAGCCAGUUCUGGGAUUUGGCCUCGGAGCUGAGGAGCUCAAUGGAGCCCGAGGAGGAGGAGGAGGAAGAGCGGUGGGACGGCGAAGGGCCGGGAGGACACAACACAUCCGUUUCAAUGUCCCGAGUGAUUGUCCACAUGGACCUGGACUGCUUUUACGCCCAAGUGGAGAUGAUUCGGAAGCCAGAACUGAAAGACAAACCUUUAGGUGUGCAGCAGAAGUCCAUCGUGGUCACCUGUAACUACGUCGCCAGAAAUCUCGGCGUGAAGAAACUGAUGGCGGUGAAGGCCGCCAAGGAGAUAUGUCCUCACCUGGUCCUGGUUAACGGAGAAGACCUGACGCCCUACAGAGAAACGUCCUACAAGGUUACAGAGUUGUUGGAGGAGUUCUGUCCUCUGGUGGAAAGGCUCGGCUUCGAUGAGAACUUCGUGGACGUCACAGAGAUGGUGGAGAAGAGACUAAAGCAGCAGAAGACUUCUUCUGACCUCGUCGUGGCCGGUCACGUCUACAACAACCACGCCAUCGAUCUCCACGACAGAACCCACGUGGCGCUGGUUCUGGGCUCUCAGAUCGCAGAGGACAUCAGGCGAGCCGUGGCCACCACCCUGGGCCUCACCAGCUGCGCGGGAGUGGCCUCCAACAAACUCUUGGCCAAACUUGUCUCCGGAACCUUCAAACCCAACCAACAAACCGUUCUCCUGCCACAAAGCCGACAAGAUCUUCUCCGUGCUCUUCGUGGUGUCCAAAAGAUUCCUGGCAUCGGCUACAAAACAGCCAAACGCUUGGAAACGUUGGGAAUCGAGAGCGUUUGGCAGCUCCAAACCUUUCCGGCCACCGCGUUGGAGAAGGAAUUGGGCCUUUCUCUCGCUCGGCGCAUCCAGAAGCUCAGCUACGGCGAUGACGACUCUCCGGUGACUCCAUCAGGUCCUCCUCAGUCCUUCAGCGACGAAGAUUCCUUCAAGAAGUGCUCAACGGAAGCAGAAGUCAAAGAGAAACUUCUGGAGCUGCUCCCGAACCUCUUAGAAAGGGUCUACAAAGAUGGCCGACGACCUCACACGUUGAGACUCACCAUCCGCCAGAGCUCCUCCAGCGAGCGAUGGUUCCACCGCGAGAGCCGCCAAUGUCCAAUCCCUCCUCAUCUCCUUCAACGCUUCGGUCAAGGUAACGCCAACCUUCUCUCGCCGUUGGUGGACGUCUUGAUGAAGCUCUUCCAUAAGAUGAUAAAUGUGGAGGUCCCGUUUCAUCUCACCCUUCUAAGCGUGACCUUCUCCAACCUCAAAGAACUUCCCAGCACCAAGAAAGGAUCCAUCGGUUUCUACCUCAAGGAGAUGCCACCAAAACGUGACCGGGAAGUGGACGAUGGAGAUGCCGUGUGGCUCCAGAGCCACUGGAGAACCAGAGCCACCAAAGCCAGGAGACAUCUGGAGGAGAAAGAUGUCCCCGAAGCCCAAGUUCUAAAUGGUCCGGUUCCUUUUUCUCCUCAUCCCGUUGACCACCUUGAAGAUACUCCAAAGGCGAUGGUCUGCGGACAACCAGAACCGACGGAGGUGGUGGUGUUUCCUCCUGACGUCGAUCCUCAAACGUUCUCCGAGCUCCCUCCAGAUGUCCAAGAAGACCUGAUGGCCCAAUGGAAGAGUCAAGAAGCCAUCUCCAAACCUCUGGAGAAGCCCAAAGCCACCAACGAGAAGAGGUCUUCAGCACAAGUCAACACCUUAUUGAGGUAUCUAAAACCCCGAUGAGACCACUGGGAUGCGGUGGAAGACGGUGGACUUGGGAGGACUACAAUCAAAGAUGGAUGAGUGCCACGUGGUGAUGGUUCUCCACCUCUUCGGUGAUGGUUCUUCAAGGUCUUUGUCCCGGUUGCUUGGAAAAGCACUUUGAGAUCAUGGAGUCCAAGCGGCCGUGGCCACCGGAGCUCUUCUCCAGCGCUGGUGGCCACCACCGACCUUCCCCGAUGGCCACUGGGUGAUGAGCCAAAGGCUGGAGAACCUCAUGGAUGAGGCCACCAUGGGACAGUCGGGCCUUGGCCAGGAUGGAGAAGGCUUCCGGGGGACCUCAGAGGCCCUUCCAGGGUGGGAAGGAGCACCGGGAAGGGUGUGAUGGGAGUUGCAGUCCUGGUUGUAAUGGGGCUCUAUGCAGGCGCGGGGCGUCAUGGGAGUUGGAGUCCUGGUCAAAAAGGGCGUCUAUGAAGGCGCGGGGCAUGAUGGGAGUUGGAGUUCUGGUUAUAAAGGGUGUCUGUGCAGCUGCGGGGUAUGAUGGGAGUUGGAGUCCUGGUUAUAAUAGCGUCUAUGCAGGCGCGGGGUGUGAUGGGAGUUGGAGUCCUGGUUAUAAUAGGGUCUAUGCAGGCGCGGGGUGUGAUGGGAGUUGGAGUCCUGGUUAUAAUAGGGUCUAUGCACACGCGGAGCAUUAUGGGAGUUGAGUUCUGGUCAUAAAGGGUGUCUAUGCAGGCGCGGGGCAUGAUGGGAGUUGUCCUGGUUAUAACAAGGGAGUGUCUAUGGAGCCGCGGGGCAUGAUGGGAGUUGGAGUCCUGGUUAUAAAGGGUGUCUGCAGGUGCGGGGCAUCAUUUGAGUUGGAGUCCUGGUUACAAUAGGGUCUAUGCACACGCGGGGCAUCAUGGGAGUUGGAGUCCUGGUUAUUAUGAUAGCAUCUAUAUAGGCACGGGGCAUGAUGGGAGUUGGAGUCUUGGCUAUAAUAAGGGUGAGGUCUAUGCAGGCGUGAGGCUUGAUGGGAGUUGUCCUGGUUAUAACAAGGGAGUGUCUAUGGAGCCGCGGAGCAUGAUGGGAGUUGGAGUCCUGGUCAUAAAGGGUGGCUAUGCAGG